AGGCACCAGGCAUAGAACCCUGGCUGGAUAGAAAAGCAAGAGGAACUGAGUAAAGGAGAUGCGGAAGUAGGGAAUUUGGGAUCCUGCGGUUGGGUCCAGGGGCGGGGCGAAUAAGGGGUCAGCCAAUACAUCAGGAUUUUCCCUCCUCCGUCAGGCUCCUAAACCCCAAUGAGGUCAUAGCGAUGAGAGAGAAUCAGAUCAAGAGAGAGGGAGAAAGAGAGAGAGAGAGAGGAAAAGGACUACAAGGACGGAGAAGAAAACCCAGGCUGAAAGAGACCAUCAGACAAGGUCGCUUUUCUGGCGACAUGGCAAGUGCCAGGAACGUGGUGCUGAAUACCAUCCACCUCCUCUGCCUAGAGACCUAGGGACUCACAGAAGCACUUUGCGCUGUCAGGAAAACAAAGGAGGGGAGGCGAGAGGACAGGCGGAGAGAGGUUGUGAGCAGCUCCCCUUUAUCUCUAGGAAGCCAAGCUCUGUUCCUCUGCCAGGAAAGAGAAGGGAGCCAGAGGGGCGCGGGAGGCUCCGAGAAGUGCAGAGCAGAGACAAGACAGAACUCUGGGCAGAGCGUCGGGCACUGCCAAGGCUCAGAUCCAGGGUUGGCUCUCCAGAGCCCAGCUUCCCAGUGCUUGCUUCUGGACUCCAACCUAUCACCCAGCGGUCCCAGUGUGAACGUGCCAGGGUUUGAAGCGGCUCUUUCUUUCCUGACCUGGCCAGGAAAAUGGUUUUCUGGUCCUGGAAAUCCAGACCUUGUGGAUAAUGUUUUGCUGGUGAAGAAAGAAAAGUUUGAGGAUCUGGACUGUGGUAGGGGGCAGAAAGAGCUGAGGAGGACUUUGGAAGAAAGAAGGUGGAUGAUCAGCUUCCUUCUCUGAGCUGGAAGGAAUGAAGACCCAAGGAGGAUGUGCACCAGCGGCCAGAUCAUUGGGAGCCUCUUGGUGCUCUCUGUGCUGGAGAUAGGGCUGGGGGUGUCCAGCGUGGCCGUGGGGGCGGUCAGCUUCAGCCUGGCUCUCCGAGAGCACACGCCGCAGCUUGGAGACUCGUCCCCGGUAUGGAGCGGGGUGUGUUUUCUUCUUUGUGGCAUAUGUGGAAUUCUGUGUGCCAAAAAAAAAUCAGGACUUAUUAUGAUACUUUUUUCAGCCUGCUGUAUCUGUGGACUCAUUGGAGGCAUCCUGAAUUUUCAGUUUCUUCGGGCAGUCACAAAAAAGACCUCAUUCCUGUACCCACUGCAUAUUGCUUCCAUGUCUUUGGCAUGUAUUGGCAUUGGUGGCUGCACUAUCUCCUCCUGGCUCACUUGUCGUCUAGCCAGUUAUGAGCAAAGGAGGAUGUUCUCAGAAAGGGAACAUUCCCUUCAUCACUCUCAUGAAAUGGCUGAGAAAAGAUUGAGGGCUAUUGAAAUAACCGACUUGCCCAGCUGCCCGGCAGUGCCUCCAACUCCAGAGUUACCUACAAGGAAAUGACAGACAUGAGCAAUGGAGCAGCACAACUGAUAUUUAAUGGACGAGUACAAUCAAUGUUUUAAAGAACUGAACAUUUUCAGGUUGUUAAUGAGGCAAGAAAGGUUGAAGACCUGGGCACUGCCAUUAAAAUCAUGAUUGCACUUGUGGCUAUUUCUCCUGACCAUCUCAAUUAUUCCUCCUCAGUUUUGCCUCUCUUACUCUUUUGCCUUUUCUAGAGGGAUAAACUUACCAGAAAUGUUGUAGCUUAGUCAUCUCAGCUCAACUGUUCUGAAGAAGACUCUUCCAGAAAAAUAGAUGGAGCAGCAGUGAUUAAUACUGUACACAAACACCAUUUGACUCGCAUGAGCUUUAGAAUUGUAAUUGCAUAUUUUAUGAAUACUUAAAAAGUUAGCCCAACAAAAACUAACAAUAACUUAUUUAUGUCUUUGUUUUGAAAGACAAAUGACUUCAAGUAUGCUAAAAAAUCAAAACCUCAACAAUGCCUUGUUACAACACUGUAAUUAAUUUCAAUUUGUGAAUAAACUAUAUUUCAUAAUUUAUUUGUAAAUUAUAAAAACUACAGCAUAAAAAGUGAUUUUUAAUGAGAGAAAUAAUAUUAAUCUGUAUAAUAUUUUUGCACUUUCGAACAAGUGAACAAUUAUAAGUGAGUUUUAUGUAAGGAAAUAAGUGUUUUCAUUAUGCUGUGCAUAUGAUCGGUAUGUUCAUGAAUGAGUCUAAGAAUAAAGUAUUUGUGUAUACAUAUACUGUAAAUUCAAAAAUGCACACAGCAUAUAUUUAUAGCUAUAUAAAUGUAAAUAGAUACUAAGAAAGAAAUUGUGAUGGUAUGAGGUUAGUCCACCAGCUAUGAAAAGGUCAUUGCUCAAGCUUUCUAAGCCCACAAGAUUAUAUAUUUAAUUUCUAUCUAUCUGUCCAUCUUAUUCUUUUUCUUAAAUUUAUUGUGUGUAGACAAGUAUUAUGGCUGACAUGUAUGAAGAUGAGUGCUGAAUAUUGAAGCAUAAAUAUAAACUUCUUAGUUGUUGGAUAUUUUACAGUGAUUAUGGUUUGUGUAAAAGUAAUUGUUAAUUUUGACUUAUAAAUGUAAGUUCAAUCAUAUAAAUCUGUAUUUAUAAACAAGAAUUAUUACUGAGGAUUGUUCCUGAUAUGUUUAUUUCAAAUAACUUUCAGCCAAAUUAAACUCUGGCAAAGGGAAGUGAUAACCUAAGUGAAGUUAACACUACCUUUGCUAUACUUUAUUUGUUUUAUUUCCUUUGAUGAUUAACUUGAUGGUCAUAUGUAUAUAUUCAAAGCAUCUGAAGGGGUUCUCAAUAUAAGAAAAUUGAUAGAUAAACUUACAUUCAUAUAGACAGACUCAAUCCUUCUCUUCCACAAUGGAAUUUAAAAUAGCAACAAUAUGAAGAUAUUUAUAAAAGUUCAUCUCUGAUGACAUACAAAUUAUUAUUUUUAAAUAAGUAACACUGCACUAUAUAUUUUUAUUUAUUUCCAAAACUAAACAAAUUUCAAAUCAUUUUAUGAGCUGCUCAAUCACAAUUAAAUUGAUGUAUUUAAUGCUCAGUAUGAGAAUACGUUAUAAUCACAAGCAAGACAGGAGUUUUCCUUGUGCUAACAAAACAGCAAUAAUUUGGUCUAAGGGUACUAUGAGCCUUUGACAAAGUAUCAUUCAACCUGUUAAGAUGAACUCCUUAGAAAAUUCUGGCUGAACAGAAAUCAAUAGCCUCUGCUUAUUUUUGAUGUAAUUUUGAAUUCCUCCUCACUCACUUGGAUACUUUGUUGUCUGGUAUAAUACAAAUAGUAAUAGCUUCAAUCUCAAAAAAUGAAUCAGCAUCAUCACUAUUCAUUUCAUGCUGCACAUAGGCAUGAUAUUUGACACUACCAUCUAAACUGAGAAUUCUCUUGUAUAUCUACCAAAUUUAUGUUGGAGGUAGCAAACCAAUGAUAUUUUUAAAUUAGAUAAAACCAAUCUAAUUUUUGGUAGCAUUUCUCUGUAGACAUAUUGUAAAAUACAGAAUUAGAAUACAUCAACACAUUUAAUGCCUUUUGAAUUUAUUUAUAAAAUCACAUAUUAAAAGACCAAAGUAGGCUAUCACUGCUUUGAAAUAACACAGCUAAAAAGAGAUACAAUCACUACAGUUAUUUAACUAGUUCACAGAGUGUAUAUAAUCAAUUAUCUUUAAAUAUUAAUUAUUUAAACAUCUUUAAAUAUUAAUUAUUUCAACCCUGUGAUUUCUUAGCUCAAAUUGGAGUGAUUUACUUCGGGUAAGAGGUGAUUCUUGAGGUAAGUGGGGGAAGUUAAGAAGAUAUUAUUCAAGCAAUUGAAAGUUUAAUUUUGACAACCAACUAACAAGGAAUCGAAAUCAUGAGUGCCUACAUCAUAGUUUAAGUAUACACCUACUCUUGAGGAAAUAUAAUAUGAUACUAAAUUAGAAAAGUAUAUGUGAAACUGGUAUGGCGUAUACUUUAAAUACAAAAAGAAAAAGCUCCCCAUUUUUGGAAAUUGAAAAAUAUAUUUAUGUGUGUAUAUGUAUGUGAUAUAUACACAUCUGUUUUUGAAGUGGAACAUUGUAUGAUGACUCCUGAUAUUUAUGUAAUAAAACUGUAUGCUUUGAAACUAGAAAGCCUGUGAGUCUUG